AUGGCCGAGGAGAAGCCCCGGCCGCAUGUCAAGAUCCUGCAGAGCAGCUCGAUUCGUCUACCUGAGUUUAAACCGUACCAACCUAAUCCUGCUCUGAGUCACACACCCGAAUUCCAACGACAUACUUGCAAAGACUGCAAAAAACUGAUCUUGGAGCUCCUUGAACACCCAGCAGGUAGCUCCUCAGGCGGAUACAGCAACUCUGAAAGUCACCGUGAUGGGCUUCUGUCCUCUUUAGUACAUAGUUCUGCCAGUUGCCGCGUAUGCGCUGUUAUCGUCAACCAGAUUAUGUCCGAUCGCGCUGACGUUCAGCAUGAAUUCACUCAUUAUCAGCUUGCUUUGAAAGCCAAGAAGAAUAGUUUUUGUGUCAGGCUCACAAAUGAUUUGGAAGCGGCCGACACCACCACCAGGAGAAAUAUUUACGGCGAAUUUGCCCUUUAUCGCAGCGAAUUACCGAAGGAGUUCUCUUGGUUAGAUUUUGGAAUUGUCUAUACACCCACGUGGAACGACUUGUCCGUUAGUUGUCAGCCGUAUCUUGCGUCGCGAGAUUAUCCUUGGCAUGAAAAGGCAAUCGACAAAAUCAAGAUAUGGAUAGGUGCCUGUGAAACGGAACAUGAUCACUGUGCCCAACAACACUCUACCGCCCUCCCUAAACGGGUCCUCAAGAUUGCAAACGAUAACGUUUCUCUCUAUAUUUCCCAGAAAAAUGAUUUGCAAACUCAAGAUCAACGCUACGUGGCUCUGAGUUACCGAUGGGGGAAAGACCUUCCUUUGAAACUGACCAAGGACACCAUGGGCGACUUCAUCAAAGGACACCCCAUCUCAAAGCUGCCUGAGACUCUCCUAGAUGCAGUGCGCAUCUCUCGCAAUCUAGGCUUCAAGUUUAUCUGGAUUGACGCCCUCUGCAUCGUUCAGGAUGAUGAAAAUGACUGGGUGGAACAGUCGGCCCUGAUGGCGGAUAUAUACCAACACAGUAGCCUCAACCUGUGCGCGGCAGACUCAGCAGGCUGCGGCUCAGGAAUGGUGGAAAUGGCAGCGCCGCACUUGAUAGAAAUUGCUGCUGCAACGACUCAAUCUGCGGAUACUGGUUCGAGAGAAACAGUGGCUCUCGUGGGAGGUCCCAUCUCCACCGCUAUUAUUGAUUGGGGUAGAUGUGGGCUUCUUUCCAGGGGAUGGGUCUUCCAAGAGGGCCUCUGCUCCCCUCGCGGCCUCUAUGUUAGCCGUUGGCACGGCUUAUGGUGGGACUGCGGAACGAUGAUCGAUAUGAUUGACAGCCGUGAGUCAAUAUCGACCGGGGAUUUUAAUCAUGCAUUCAACCCACGCACCGAAAGGCGGUCCUUUUUGUCUCUUACCAAAAAUGCGAACCGUCACUCUAUGGCCGUCCGAGAUUUCUCCUUCACCUGGUAUGACUGGAUGGAGCUUUAUACAUCGAGAUACCUCACGCGAGAAACAGAUCGCCUUCCUGCCGUAGCAGGUAUGGCCUCUUAUGUCGCCUCGCUAUCUGGAAUGAAGUACAAGGCCGGGUUGUGGGAGGAAGAUAUUACACGCGGACUGAUGUGGCGUAGAGGCAGUUCGGGCCACGCCAAGCGAGUACCAGGAGGCGCACCUACUUGGAGCUGGGCUUCGAUCACCGGGCCAGUCUAUUACGACGAGUUCUUUACCAUGCGUGUUAACCACCGUGGGAAGAUUGACCAUUGUGCCGAGUUGGACCUCGACAUCAUGGACACGACCAUCGAAGAAGAGCGGCCAGGAACAUUUGGGAAUGUACGGCGCGGAGAAAUCAAGGCCUCUGGCGUCAUGAAGCACGCAGCGACGAUGCUGCUGAGAGAACAGUGGAAUACGAAAUGGGAAUUCGAUAUACAGCCCAAAGAACCCAAAGCUGAAGUCCUCGAACAUUGCCAAGUACUCCGGCUCGCGAAAGCCUACCGGGAUAAGGAGGGUACCCCCCCAGUUGUCUAUUUUCUAAUUAUCCGGGAAACAGGCCGGCGCGAAAACGAAUACCAGCGCGUCGGUCAAGGGUGUAUCAUGCUAAAAUACGACCAGCACCCGAAUCGUUGGGAACUAUUUCGUAUUUAUCGAGACGAAAAGCCUGAUUAUGGGUUUUUGGAGGAGGAGAUAUGGGGUGCGCUUAAGAAAAUUGCGUUGACUCUCGUUUAA